AUGUGGGACGAGCAAGAGACUUCAUCUUUUCAAUGCCAAGACGACCGGAAUAUAAAUGGGUUGAUCGGCCCCUUCCUACUAAAUGCCAAUGAAUCUACGGGGAAACGUGGAACGAAACGUCCACCUCAGGAGAAGAUCAGUCGAAGAAUACAAAAUGAGCAGCGAGUGGAGAAAAUUGAGGGUGCUUUGUUAAAACACCCGUUAAUACUCUUCCCGUACAUACAAGCAUCUGUACCGCCUAAAUUGUUUCGUCCCACAUUCAAAAUUCUCGAUAAGACAAUGAAUGCUCCAAAAGCGACUGUCUACAAAACCACGGCAACUUCACCUCGCAGAACACCGUGGAUGGGACAACAAAAAUGGUCUGGUGGUGGCAGACUGGGGAGUAAUGCGACCAGACCGGAUGAGGCAAUUACGGCGGAGUUUUGUGAUUGGGUGAAAGCACUGAACGGAAGUUCCGAGGAUAAUCCCGAAGUGACCACAAUUGCCAGCCUGUUCUCGAGCACUCACGAUGCGCAACCCCCAGUGUCCGCUCCAAUCACCGUGCUCCAGUUGGAAAACUUACCGAUGGAAUUGAAAACCAAAGGAUCCCCACCACCGCAUAUUCUGAUCGAACAGCAGCAAAUGAGGCCUUCGAUUGGAAAACAACGUUUUAAGCAGAGCAGAAUUACGAAAGAGAUCCGAAAGAAAUACGAGAAACUACGCUACGGGGCUUGGUUUCUUCCUCCGAAUGAGUGGAAGGUUCAGCGUGCCGAAGAGCCCCUGCAACCGUCCCCAAUCCUCAGUGAUUCACAGGAAGCCGAACUGAAGAAACGUUCCGUAUCCCUCUACGAUCAGAUGAUUCAAAUGCAUGGCUAUGAAGCGUUCAAACAAUUUGCGGAAAACCAGAACAAAAGGUUUCCACGAGGUGUGCAACAGGCCAACAAUGGAGUGGAAAAUUAA